AUGGAGUUCAAACAGUUUAAAGAAUUUUCCACAGACAUGAUCGAUUACGUGGGAAAUUAUUUAGAAAAUAUUCGAGAUCGGAAAGUAUUGUCAUCGGUAAAACCUGGUUACUUAAGACCACUUUUACCAACCGAAGCGCCGAAUGAUCCUGAAAACUGGAAAGAUGUGAUGUCUGACGUCGAAAAACUUAUUAUGCCAGGGGUUACUCAUUGGCAUUCUCCAAGAUUUCACGCCUAUUUCCCUACGGCAAACAGCUACCCGGCUAUUGUCGCUGACAUACUGAGCGAUUCAAUUGCUUGCAUAGGAUUUUCAUGGAUAUCAAGCCCAGCGUGUACUGAAUUGGAAGUGGUCAUGAUGGAUUGGUUGGCUAAAAUGAUAGGCUUGCCAGAAAUCUUCUUAGCCUCAGCUGGCCUGGGAGGAGGUGGAGUAAUUCAGGGCACUGCCAGCGAAGCCACUUUAGUGGCGUUGUUGGGCGCCAAGGCACGGAUACUGCAGAUAAUGAAACAGGCGGACCCAACGUUGGUGGACGCGGACAUCGUGCCCAAGCUGGUCGCGUACUCGUCCGAGCUGUCCCACUCGUCCGUGGAGCGAGCUGGCCUUCUGGGUGGCGUGUUGCUCCGUGCCCUGGACACAGACGGUGAGCACAAACUCCGCGGCGACACGCUGCGCGAUGCCAUCGCCAAGGACCGCGCCGACGGCCUGAUCCCGUUCUUCGUGGUGGCGACGCUGGGCACCACCAGUUGCUGUUCGUUCGACCGCUUGGACGAAAUCGCCGAGGUGGGCAACGCCGAGAGCAUUUGGGUGCACGUGGAUGCAGCGUACGCUGGAUCUUCAUUUGUUUGCCCGGAAUAUCGUCAUUAUAUGAAAGGAGUAGAAUUAGUCGAUUCAUUCAAUUUCAAUCCUCAUAAGUGGCUUCAAGUUACUUUUGAUUGUUCAGCAAUGUGGCUAAGAAAUCCAAAUUACGUGAUAAAUGCUUUCAACGUGGAUCCGCUUUACUUGAAGCACGAACUUGAGGGACAAAUGCCGGAUUACAGACAUUGGCAAAUCCCCUUGGGCCGCCGUUUUCGUUCCUUAAAAAUGUGGUUCGUAUUCCGUCUAAUUGGUGUCGCAAACCUUCAAAAGUCCAUCAGAAAAGAUAUAAAUCUUGCCCUUGAAUUUGCCAAACGAUUGGAAAACGACCCAAACUAUGAACUUUUCAAUGAAGUCAGUAUGGGAUUGGUAUGCUUCAGACUUAAGGGAUCCAACGAACUCAAUGAAGUGUUAUUGAAAGAGAUAAACGAACGAGGCACAGUGUAUAUGGUCCCAUCGAAAGUCAAAGGAACCUUCUUCUUGCGUAUGGCUAUUUGCUCGAGGUACACACAGAUUGAAGAUAUUGACGUGACAUGGAACGAAGUGAAUGAAGCAGGUAAAACCGUAUUGAGUAAACAAUAA